UUGUAUUGGUUUUUAACGUAUUCUUUUAUUAACCGGCCAAUUCUCGUGCUGCGGUUGCUUAAAAAUGCAAAAGAAAAACAUCGUAUUUAAAAGGAAAACCCCGGAUCCUACACACUCGAAUGUCCACGUAGAGGAUCUCUCCACCGUACCGUGUCCCCGUCACCUUUGAGCACACACAAAGCGGCCACCUUUGCCGCCCCAGCCAGCGCUUCUACCGGCUCGCUUGCUUGCUCGGCCGCAUAAAAACACGCGUUUCGUCACGCACGCACGGCGCCAUCCUCCUCCGCUCCGUUUGCUUCACCUAGAUAGUCAUAGCCUGGUGGACGGACACGGACUCAUCCCCCGAGCACGCACCCCGCGACGACCAACAAGCCACCCACUCCCUCCCAGAACCCCGCUCAGCUCAAAAGCGCCGCCCCGCACGCAAUGACCCGCGCAUUGCCCGGACCACACCGGCCAACGACGGGAAGACGAGGAUGCUGCUAGCCGCCACGCCGUGCUGCUUCCUCGCCGACGACGGGGUCCACAAGAGCCAGGACGCCGCCGGCGGAGGAGGGUUGGGGAUUAGCUCGGUGGCGCUGGUGGUGGUGCUGGUGCUGGCGGCGCUCGUGUUCGUCUCCGGCCUGCUGCACCUGCUGCUCCGGUUCCUGCGGCGGGCGCGCACCGGGGCGACGGAGGGCGGGGGCAGCGAGGCGGGGCCGGGGGAGGGGGGAGGGGGCGGCCGGGGGCAGGAGUCGGCGCUGCAGAGGCAGCUGCAGCAGCUCUUCCACCUCCACGACUCCGGACUGGACCAGGCCGUCAUCGACGCGCUGCCGGUGUUCCUCUACGGCGAGGUGGUGGUCGGCGCCGGCGCCGGCGCCAAGGAGCCGUUCGACUGCGCGGUGUGCCUGUGCGAGUUCGCCGGGGACGACCGGCUCCGGCUGCUGCCGCUGUGCGGCCACGCGUUCCACAUCGACUGCAUCGACACCUGGCUGCUCUCCAACUCCACCUGCCCACUCUGCCGCCGCGUGCUCGCGGCCGACGACGACGGCGGCGGCGACGCCGCGGGCCUCCUGCUCGACGAGGGGUGGACGCGGGAGGGGGAGGGCGCGGUGUUCCCGGUGCGCCUCGGCAAGUUCAAGAGCACGGCCAGGGCGACUGCCGGCCACGGCCACGGCCCCGCCCGGCACGACGGCGUCGCGGCGGCGGAGGAGGGCGACGCGAGCAGCAGCCUGGACGCGAGGCGGUGCUACUCCAUGGGCUCCUACCAGUACGUCCUCGCCGAGGCCAGCCUGCAGGUGUCCGUCCACCGGCGGAACGUCGACGGCGGCAACGGCGCGGAGAGGAUGAGGGGGCCGAGAGGGGCCGCCGCGGACCCGCCCGGCCUUAGUGGCGGCGGGGGCGAGGGGAAGAGGAUCAGCGCGGGCAGCAAGGGCGACAGCUUCUCGGUGUCCAAGAUCUGGCAGUGGCCGCGCAACGGCAAGGGGAAGCUCCCCGUGCUCGCGUCCGACGGCUCGCCGGCGGUGGACGGCGCGCUGCAGUGGCCGAGGAGGAGCGUCGGGGAGUCGUGACACCAUGAAUGAAAAGAGGAAAGAUGCUGUUUUUUGUUUUCUUUGUACGGUGUAUAUGCCGUACGUGCAUGUUGGCUUGGUUGGUUGGUUGCAGCUUGCAACUCGUUGCAAACCCUCUCGAGUCUUGAGCUAGCGGAGGAGUAGUAAUUUGAGUCCAGAAUAAGUACAAGUGUUUUUGACUGCUCUUGAGCAUGCUCAUAACCAUCA